AUGGGCUGCAUUUAUAGUCAAGAAUAUAAAGGGCUCUAUGCACCGAAAGACGAAGAGUACAAUGAGGAAAGGCGAAAUGCAUAUUUAGCGGCAAGAGGGAUACGAAUUCCCGAUCGUCCCCUUCACGUGCAUCAAGCGUCACUAAUAAAUAAAAAUAAAGGAUAUGCGAAAACAGAUUUCAAAGCUGGCAUUGAUCAUAGAGAUCAGAAUUUCCCAUGGGAAUGGCAUCAUCUAGAGCAUGUUCGCAUUUCGGAGGUUGAUGAAACGUCUCGCGGCUCGAAGGAAAGCCGUCGAAAUGUGGGUAUCCAAUUG